UGUUGAAAGUUGUUGGUUCAGGCACCGUAUGGAGGCGGCGGCUGGAGGCUUUGAUUUGCACCAAGAGUUUUGCGUGUGAAAGAUCGCUUGGACGGAUUCAGCGGCGAUGAUGAACGUGGAGGUGGCUGUGCUGCUCUUUCUGGCCCUUUGGGUUUGUGUUUGGACGGAAGAUUCUGGGAAAGUAGUUGCUGACCGCUACGCCGUGUACUGGAAUAGCACCAACCCCAGGUUUCACAGAGGGGACUAUACAGUCGAUGUCUGCAUCAAUGACUACCUUGACAUCUACUGCCCCCACUAUGAUGACUCCGUGCCAGAGGAGAAGACAGAGAGCUACAUUCUUUACAUGGUGAAUUUUGAUGGCUACAGAAGCUGUGACCACAAGAACAAUGGCUUCAAGCGCUGGGAAUGCAAUAGGCCGCGCACGCCAAACGGCCCACUGAAGUUCUCCGAGAAGUUCCAGCUCUUCACACCAUUUUCUCUGGGCUUUGAGUUUCGACCUGGAAACGAGUAUUAUUAUAUAUCUUCACCUCACCCUAAUAUUGUUGGGAAACCCUGCUUAAAGUUAAAAGUAUAUGUCCGACCAACAAACAGUUGUAUGGAAGCAGUAGGGGUGAAUGAAGGUGAUUUCGAUGUAAACAACAGUUCAGUUGAAGCUUCAGAUGAUUCUAUAUAUGAAUCGCCCGAACCGUAUCACAAUAACAAUGGGAUCACGACCUUUAGGAUUUCUUGGUUCAUUGUAGCAACAGCUCUCCUCCUCUUGUUUCUCACGUCAUAGCACACAGACUAGAAGAGGAUGAAAGCAAUGAUUUCUACGUAAGUGACUGAAACCAAAAUGGAGGCGGCAAGAGAUUGACAUGGGUCACGCGGAAGAGACUCCAUUUUCUGAGAAACUUUGCCGUCAACACAAAUUAUUUGAGGGACAGACAUGCUCCAUUAAUGCUUUCUGAGACUGGGAACUCUCAUUUUCUUGUGAAGCACUGCCUUGGGCCCACUUGGGUUUGAUAUAAAGUACCGAAAUAUAGCAACAGGUGUCUCCGUGGAGGUCUCCAGACGCAACUUUUCUCAAAUGGAAUCUAUGUUGAUGCAACCCUUCGUUCCAUCGAUAGGCCGAGACUUGAGUAGGACGAAGCAUAGAUGACUUCUGGGAGCUUUCAAUCAUUCACGACCCCCUUUAAGUGCAGCUUCUUUUCACUAUCCUCCACUCAGGCAGCCGCAAAUCUACAUCAUUCUUUGCUUGUUCUUGUUCUUAUUUUAUUUUAUUCCCCCCACAA